GGGCUGCGCUGGGCGCUGGGCGCGGCGCUGGCGGCGAGGCUGGCGCUGGUGCUGUACGGGGCGCGGCAGGACGCGGCGCUGCGGGUGCGCUACACCGACGUCGACUACCGGGUGUUCACGGACGCGGCGCGGCUGGUGGCGGCGGGGCGCUCGCCCUACGCGCGGGCCACCUACCGCUACACGCCGCUGCUCGCCUGGCUCCUCACGCCCAACGCCUGCCUGGCCGAGGCCUCCGGGAAGCUGCUCUUCGUGGCCGCGGACCUGGCGGCCGCCGGCGUGGCCUACCGGGCCCUGCUGCAGCGCGGGGCGGCCGCCGGCCCGGCGUGCGCCUGCUGCGCGGCCGCCUGGCUCUUCAACCCGCUGCCCAUGGCCGUGUCCAGCCGGGGCAACGCAGAGGCCCUGGUGGCCCUGCUGGUGCUGGCCACCCUCUACUACGCCGAGGGCGGCAGCGUGGGCAAGGCGGCCGCCUGCUACGGGCUCGCUGUGCACAUGAAAAUAUACCCGCUGACUUACGCGCUGCCACUGGCGCUGCACCUGCAGCGCGGCGGCAGGGCGGCCGCGGGGCACUGCGGAAAAGCCAGGUGUCCCUCGCCAGGACACCUCUGGCAGCUCUUCGUAAACCGCGACGUGCUGCUUUUCGGAAUGGUUGCUGGAUCUGUGCUGGGCGCCCUGACCGUUGCGUUUUACUGCCUCUACGGCUGGGAGUUUUUGGAGCAGGCCUACCUCUACCACGUGACCAGGAGGGAUAUCCGGCAUAACUUCUCUCCCUAUUUCUACAUGUUGUAUUUAACUGCAGAGAGCAAAUGGAGUUCUACCCUUGGGCUCGCAGCCUUCCUGCCCCAGCUGCUGCUUCUCCUGGUUGUGUCCAUAGCGUUUUACAGAGACCUUGCCUUCUGUUGUUUCCUACACACUGCCAUUUUUGUGAGUUUUAACAAAGUAUGCACAUCCCAGUACUUUGUUUGGUAUCUCUGCCUUUUGCCCCUCAUAAUACCUAGUAUCAGGAUGUCAUGGCGUCGUGCUGUACUGCUUAUCUCUUUGUGGUUUGUUGGACAAGGCCUAUGGCUCGCUCCCGCAUACUUUCUGGAGUUUAAAGGGUAUAACACUUUUUUACUUAUAUGGUUGGCAGGUUUGCUUUUCCUUUUUAUUAAUACCUUCAUACUCUUUCAGAUUAUUUCCCAUUACCAAAAAGAAGCACAAGUGGCUGAAAAACCCAAACAACAGUAGUAAACAGAUAAGCCAAAAUCCAGAAGCAGCAUCACUGUAUAAGGAGGCUUUUCAUACCACCAGCACCUUGUUUAAUGUCAAUGUAUGUAUGCUAUACCAAAGCAUAUCAUAUGUAAAUGGUCUUUUGUCAGGGCCCUGAGGACACUGAUAGGCCUUAAUUGCACUGAGCAGGUGUCUGUGACUCCGGCCUUGUCUUUUUGGGAUGGACAUUGAAAAUAUGCUGUUGUCUCCCGUCCUGUUUCCAGUCCUGUGUCGUGGAUGGACACUGGACCCACCUGUCCUCCAGUCCUGUCUCUGCCCUCGACUCCUGUUGCUCCUGGCUGGACUCCCCUGACUUGCCAGGCCUGGGGCUGUUGAUGGACUGUGUUACCAGCACCCAGCUCUGCCUGCCACAUCCACAUACAGUGGGACUGCACCAUGGUCAGUGAGGGCACUGCCCGCGUUGGGCUCAUCCUCAGCUCCCGGCUCGUCCUCAGUCAUGGAGCAGCCCUGCUUUUGCUCUUCCCUGAAAUCCUUCUGGUCUCUUAUGUCUCUUUUUGUUUUUAUUUUACUUUAUUUAUUUUUUGAGGACUCUGGCCUCUGUCUAGGAAAACAUUAUAAAGGGAUGUUGGAGUUCAGCAGUCUUGUUGCAUGUUAGUAAGGGGGUUUGAUUCUGUAUCUUUGUUUUUGCAAGGGUUAAACUAAUGAAUAAAUAUGAGA